GUUGAGUUAAAGUUGUAUAUCGGAUGUGUGUGUGAAAAAAAUAGUUUAUAAAAAUAAAAUUAAAAAAGAGAUAAAGAAACAAAUAUUUAAAUAGACAUACAUAUAACUAAUAAUAGUAAAAGAGAAUUAACAAAAGGAAAAUUACGAAAAAAAUAAAAAAAAAUUGGUAAAUGCAAUAAAUCUUAAAUAAUUUAUUGUUUAAAAAAAAAUAUAAACCAAAGUCUUCACCAACCUACUAAAUAAACAACACAACAACAAAAACAAAAAAAUGAAGAGUUUUAUUUGUUUAACAAUUGCAGUGACUUUGUUGGCCGCAUCAGCCAUGGCCACAACUGUUAGAAAUUGUCCAAAAACCAAAGCACGUCUUCUGGAGCAGGGUGAUGUUACCAUUUCCAAUUGUCCCAAAAGCAAAUGCACCCUGAAACGCAAUACGGAUGUCAGUAUUGAAAUGAAAGUCAUACCAACACGUGAUUUCAAAGAAUUAAACUCCGAUAUACAAGGCAUUAUCUUAGAUGUUCCUCUACCGUUCCCCGGUUAUUAUGGCACCAGCGCUUGUCCACACAUCUACGAUGCUGAGGGCAAAAAUCAAGUGGGUUGUCCACUAAAAGCCGGCGAAACUUAUAUUUACAAGAAUAGUUUUAAGAUUUUACCCAUUUAUCCCACGGUAAGCUUGGAUAUACAUUGGGGUUUGGGUGAUAAACAGGGUGAUGCAGCCUGUUUCCAAGUACCAGCCAAGAUUAAAGCUUAAACAGCAGGGGUUUAAAGUUUAUUUUUUGUAUUAUUUUUAAAAUUUUUUAUAAAAAAAAACAUUUAAGCAUAUUUAGGAUAUUUAGGAUAUUUUUGUUUUUUUUGCAUUAUUAAUGUGAUAUUUAAAAAUAUGUUUAUUAUUAUAGAAAUUUGUUUUAAAACGAGAUUUUCUUGAAUAAUGAUGAGCAGGUUUUUGUUUGUAAAAAUUUUGUUGUCAUAUUAAUGCCUCCAGCCCCUGGGCAUUAAUAUUCAUAACAAUUAUUUUUCAUUUUUUUUAUUAGAAUUUCUAUUAUUUUUUUUUUGUUUUAUUAAUAAUAAUUUAGUUUUAGUCUUAGUUUUACAACAGUUUGUUUAAGUUACAAAAAAUCAAAUAAAAUAAAUAUUUUUUU